AUGGCUCCUAAAGGCGGCUUUAAACAGCAAUCGGAGGAAGAUCUGCUCUUGCAGGAUUUUAGCCGCAACCUCUCGGCUAAGUCGUCCGCACUCUUCUUUGGGAACGCCUUCAUCGUGUCGGCCAUCCCUAUCUGGCUCUAUUGGCGAAUAUGGCAUAUGGACCUAAUUCAGUCUGCUGUUCUGUACAGUGUGAUGACCCUUGUCAGCACAUACUUGGUAGCCUUUGCAUACAAAAAUGUGAAAUUUGUUCUCAAGCACAAAGUGGCACAAAAGAGGGAGGAUGCUGUUUCCAAAGAAGUGACUCGAAAACUCUCUGAAGCCGAUAACAGAAAGAUGUCUCGGAAGGAAAAGGAUGAAAGGAUCUUGUGGAAGAAGAAUGAAGUUGCUGAUUAUGAAGCAACUACAUUUUCCAUCUUCUAUAACAACACUCUCUUCCUGGUCCUGGUCAUCGUUGCUUCCUUCUUUAUAUUGAAGAACUUCAACCCUACAGUGAAUUACAUUUUGUCUAUAAGUGCUUCAUCAGGCCUCAUCGCCCUCCUGUCCACUGGUUCCAAGUAGGCCGUGGUGGCCUCGACUCCCCACCACCCCCCGCCCCGGCCCUGUGUCUCUGGCUGUGAUACAGGAAGGAGGGCGGGGUGGGAGACACAGAAGAUGUUUCGAAGUCUGCAGUUGGAAGGUUUUGAAAAACCCCAGCAAAAUGUAAUUCAAUAUUUGUUUGUUGGCUUUUUUUGACAGGGUGUUGAAAUUAAAUGAAUCAGAUGGGAAACUCAAAGUACCAGGACAUUUAUUAAAAGGCAGAGUGUCUCAUAAUGUGCUAGAGUCACAAGGGGGAGAAAAUAACUUGUUUCCUUGAUCUGUCAGAGGUCACAGUAACCUGGACUGAGCUGUCGUUAUUUAUUGUGGUAGCAAAAGUUAAUAACUGGUUCUCUGUGUUCCAAGUACAACACUACAAAAUUUUUUUGAACUCUUAAGCAUCAAGCUGGACUGAACUCAUUUUGAGUUCUCUUCCCCACAGAAGAUUGAACAGAAGCCACAUGCUUACAAAGUUGCUGAACUUGUGAUUUGAAAUAAUUAUAAAAACAUGGUUCCAUCAACUUGGGAAAGAGAAACGUGUGUGUGUGUGUGUGUGUGUGUGUGUGUGUGUGUGUGUAUUUUCUUUUCUUAUUUUUUUUUUUUUCAGGAAGGCAGCCAAAACAGUGACCUAAAAAUAGUCCCAUGGCGUAUGACAGUUGUCCUGUGAGGUUCAAACACACACACUUGCUCAGCUGUAUAGCUUUGGCUCCUGGUGAGCGCAGAGGUCAGCCUGACCCCACUUUGUUGGUGUGACCUGUUAGACUAAUCUGGUCUCUUUUUCUCCCUUGACCAGGAUCUCAUGCUACUGGCAAUACUGGGUAAGAAGAGAACCUUUUCCAUGAUUAUUGACAUGUAAAAGACCAAAAGUCAAUAUCAUGACUGAUGUUAGUUCUAGAAUUCUUAGAACUCUCUAAGGAAUUAGAGUGGUGUUAGUGCUUAUCAGCAUGUUUCCAUCGGGACUUUCCUGAAUUGGAGCUUUUAGUCCAUAGAUUCCCAUUGAUUGAUUAACUGGUGUCUUGCCUGUGAGGGGGGUUUAGCCAAGAUAGCAGUUCUUCUCUUCCCCCCUUCCCCUUCUUUUGCAGCACAGGGGCUUUGUGUAUAUUGAGUUCCACAGGUCCUGGGCUGACUUGCAGUCAUUUUAAUAUAUAUACAUACAUAUAUAUAUAUAUAUAUGGAGAGAAACCAUAGCACUACUCCAUAACUUGCUGGACUUCCUCUGGUGCUGUGGUGCUCCCAGGUUUAUUGGGACUUGGGCAUGGCAAGGCUUCUGCUCUCUCUGGUGAUCUAUCUCCUGGUUCUCUCAAUUUUUUAAUGAGUAUGUGUGUAGAUAUCAUUUGUAUUAUCAGUUGAAAAGCUUUUAUAAGCUUUUACUUGCAUCACCUGAAAAGCAGUAUCUUAACUGAAAGCUUAAUUUUUUUUUUUUUCCUCCAGAGUUAUCACAGACUCAGCACUGGCACUAUGAAUCCACUACUCCUGGCUGACAUUUUUUCCAUUUUAUUGGAUAGGACAGAGAGAAAUUGAUAGAGGAGGGGGAGAUAGAGAGGGAAAGAGAUAGACAGACCUGCUGCACUGCUUGAGAAGCGCCCCCCUUGAUGGUGGGGCUUGAAUCUGGUUCCUGUGCUUCCUACUAUGUGCAUUUAACCGGGUGUGCCACCACCCGCCCCCAAUCUUUAGUUUUCACUUCUAAAAUGUUCCCUUUUUUUUUUUUUAUUCAUAACUAUAGAAAGGACUUCUCAGACUUUUGUCUUUUGCACAUUGUUGGAAACUUUGGUAGGACGGAGUUGGAGGGUAGGCAAGAGUACCUUUGUAUAAUAGCCAGAUGAUCUUUUUUUAAGGGAGGACUCAUGCGUGCUUCUAGAAAUUUGCAGAACCCUUGUUAGUCCGUAUGCUUUUCAUGGAUGACAGGAGGGGCAGAUAGUGAGUAAGAUUCACUGUAUAGUUAGUGUAAUACAGGGAGUCGGGCGGUAGCACAGCGGGUUAAGUGCACGUGGUACAAAUUGCAAGGUCUGGCAUAAGGAUCCUGGUUUGAGCGCCUGGUUCCCCACCUGCAGGGCGGUUGCUUCACAAGCGGUGAAGUAGGUCUGCAGGUGUCUGUCUUUCUCUCCUCCUCUUCAUUUUCCCCUCCCCUCUCCAUUUCUCUCUGUCCUGUCCAACAACAACAACAUCAUAACAAUAAUAACUACUACAACAAUAAACAAGCGCAACAAAAGGGAAAAUAAACAUAAAAAAAGUAAGUGUAACACAUGAGAGGUGUGUCUUUGUUAAUAUAUUUUAACUUCCUUUUCUGUUGAUAAAUAACUGGUCAGUAGUUUUUGACUUGUGGCACUGUAGAGUUUGUGUACCAGGUAAUUGCUUAAUUGACAAAAUGACUACCCCUGGCCAGUGUCCAGUGUCCGCUUCUACCCUGGGCCAGGUCUCUUUAAAUUGCAGGUAAAUAAUUGCCACUAGAUGGCAGUCCUUGGCUAGAUGGGAGGGCAUAUCCACUUAGAAAUCCUUAUAAACGUGUUGGAGAUGGGCUGUGAAACAGGGACAUUAGUUUAAGACUCCUUUUUUGUUUGUUUUUAAGUCUACUGAGCCCCUCCUGGUGUUCCUGUGCCCAGUAUGUUAAGUCUAGCUGUCUGAAGCUUGAGAAAGUUUCUUGAAUUAAAUACUUUAUACAAGAUGGGUAAGCAAAAUUUAGUUUGGGUCCUGAAGUUUUCCUCCGUACUUUCGUGUUUAUAAUCCUGAAGUGGGUUCUAACUUUUUUGAAUGUUCGGUAGGUUUCUGUGCAUAACCACAGCGGGCACGUACCAAUAGCCCCAGUUGUGGUACAUGGAAUUACAGAAUCUGGUUUAGUUAACAGCAACCUGCUGUAGAAUUUUUAUCUCAAAGAGACCGCAUGUCAAACGCAAUAAAAGAAAAGGGAUUCUGUAACAGCAAUUGAAAGUGAUAGAGUUUUAAUGUGAUGCAAUAUUUUACACUUCUCUAUUUUUCCUCAUUUAUAAUGUGUAAUAAAAAUCUUGGGUAGGCAUUAUGCUUCGCUAGUAAGAUUUUACUAGUUGCCCUAUUUGGAAUAUGAUUCUAACUUGGAAAGAGUAAUUUCUACAAAGUUUCAAGUUAACUGAAAUAGGGGAAUUGGAUCCAUACCCAAUUUGUGUGACAGUCUUGCUCUUGAAGUAUCAUUAAACUUUGCCUUUUUAAA